CCACAUGAGGUGACCGGGGGGUUUAUCCUAAACCUCAUUAGAUGUACAGGUAGUACAUGAUGUCAGUAGAGCGCUGGACACCAACACAUGCAUGGACAUAGAUCUUCUAUACAGGCUACAGAGAAGAUGGUGGCCACUGUGCUCACCUGGCCCUCCUCAUCCAAACAUGUUCAAUCUGAUGAGCAAUUGCUACAGCUGGCUGUCCAAGUUACAGGAACCAAUCAGGAAAGUGACCAUACUGGUAGUUGGUCUUGACAAGGCGGGAAAGACAUCUUCAGUCAGGGGUAUGCUGAGAGUGCCCUUAGGUUUGAACACGAGUCCGACUCAUGGCUGUGUUCGCUCGGAGCUGAGGGUGGACAAUUACCUGGUGAGCCUGCUGGAUGUUGGCGGAGCGCCUGAGUCCCGAGCGGUUUGGAGGGAGGUCUACGGAGACGUCCAUGGGAUCAUCUUCGUUGUUGACUCUAGUGACAGGCAGCGGAUAAAGGAGGUCAAGGAUGUCCUGUCGGAGAUGCUGAAGCAGCCCAGAGUGGCGGGAAAACCGAUAUUAGUAUUGGCCAACAAACAGGACAAAGUGAACGCUCUGCUGGGAAGUGAGCUGAUUGAAGUACUCUCUCUGGAAAAGCUGGUCAACCAAAGCCGCUCUCUGUGCCAUAUAGAGCCUUGCUCGGCCUCAACGGACCUGCGGCGCUGGGCCGACAAGAAGACCCUGCGUGGGCUCCAGUGGCUGUUGCGGGCCGUGUGCCUGGACUACCCGGAGCUGUGUGCCCGGGUAGCCCAGGACCGCAGGAGGCCCCUGGCUGCCCCGGGUGACACGGACAAACCUCGCAGAGCGGAGAAGGGCCGUCGAAAAAAAACCAAAGAAGAAAGGUUGCCCUCAGGCCAGUCUGACCUGCGGCAGGAGCACCGCCCUAAAGAGAAGGAGAAAAUGCUCAAAAGUGCAGGCAAAAUGCAGCCUAUUCGAAACAUGCUAAAAAAGGUAACAACAAACAACUAA